AUGGAUUCUCCUCAAUACGUUUUCGGUGCCCAGGCCUUCGGGGUGGCCUGGACGAAUGAAAAUGUGGACCAGUUGAUGCAAGCUCUCAACGAUUAUGGCAUCCAUCACUUUGAUACGGCUGCCCUCUAUCCGGCAACUGCCCCAGGUGGCUCUGAGAAACUGCUGGGUGAGAAAAAACAACCCGGUGCUGUCAUCGACACCAAGGUGAUGUUCAUGCUCAGUAAUAUGCUGAGCAAGGAGAACAUGGAGAAGUCCAUCCGGGAUAGUCUGGAGCGACUGCAAAUCAGCGAGAUACACACUCUCUUCACCCAUGCCCCUGAUCGUCAGACCCCGAUUGCGGAGCAGGCUGCCAACUUUGAUCAUUUCUACCGUGCCGGUCUGUUCCAGCAGCUGGGCCUAUCCAACUACACCCCGGAAAUGGUGCGAGAGUGGCUCGACAUCGCGACGGAGAAGAACUACGUUAAGCCCUCCGUCUUCGAAGGCCAGUACAACAUCUUUUGCCGCGGCUACGAAGAAGACUUGUUCCCUCUGCUCCGCGAGCAUAACAUGACCUUUGCAGCAACCUCACCGCUGGCUGGAGGAUUCUUGACCGGCAAGCUGACCUUCUCCACGUCCCCGGCGGAUCUGGCCGGCACGCGCUUCGAGGCUGCUGAGGGCAACAUGUUGGGUGCUGUGUACCGUAUGUGGUAUGAUCAGCCCGUUUUCCAUGAGGCGAUGCGGACUCUCAAGGACCUGGCCCACCUGCACCACACCACGCCCGAGAAGUUUGCUAUGCGCUGGCUUCUCUUCCAUUCCCCUCUGCGGUCCGCAGACACGAUCGUCAUCGGGCCGAACAAUUUCUCGCAGCUCAACAGCUACCUGGAGGCUCGUCAGGCUGGCGCGCUCCCCGCGGAUGUGGCACUUGCCAUCGACAAUCUCUUCGGCCCUCUGAAGGAAGUUGCUGCUCCCAUGAUUGAGGCGGGAUGGUGGUCGCUGUAA